AUGUGUUCAAGGAUGUUCCCCCAGCAUGCGAUCGAGAGUCACGCGUGGGAAUGUCGGCCGCCCCCCGCGGAUGACGGAGCAAUGUCUACAGUCCCGUCGAGCACGGGCCGAGCUUCAGCAACGGAGGCAGCUUGCAACACCUUGCUGGACAACAGCGGCGAGUUCCAGGCCCGCCAUCACACCACAGAGCUGCAACCCAAAGCUACCGCGGCUGGCACAUAUCUGAUCCCGCCAGAGGGAGGAAAUAGUAACUGCGCUGAUAGGGGAGCACCCAAGCAAGUGCCGCAGGAGAGCGAGGGCAAGAAUGCGAUGCAGACUCUUAUGGAGGGAGGAAAACGAGCUGUCAAGGCCGAACGAGAGGAGAAGAUCAUUCCGCGCGCCUGGCCCGUGGAGUGUGUAGAGGACCUCUUGCCCCGUGACAAGGCAGAAGGGCUGUUGGCGCGAAUGUUGCAACUGUCGCGCGACUGGACUUCACAAACGUGGUUCAACGCCAACGGUUUGGAAGGCAGAACACACUCUCGCUCGCGCGCCUACCGCAUCCCAGCCGCCGGUGACUCGAGAAGCAGCGGGCGGGCUUCGGAGGGCGCGAUGAAACAGGAGUCGGAAUCCGACCCGGAGGCUCAAGACAAGUGGAAGGUUUCAACCGACGAAGACAGGCGGGCAACGCACGAGGAGGGAAUGGACAAGAGUUUGGCUGUAGCCCCCGCGGAGCUACUUGACGUUGUCCCUGUCGUCGUGGAGGUUGUUCGAAGGCGGCAACGGCAGCGCAUGGAGGACGGGUUGGCGGGAAGCGAGGGCUUGCGCUGGAACCCGAACUAUUGUAUCUGCCACGUGUAUGACGACCACAGGAGUCACCUUGGCGCGCACAGUGACACGCUCUCGAACAUCGGUCCGCGAGCGAUCGUUGUUGGGGUGUCCUUGGGAGCGAAACGGGUCUUCGUUGUGGAGGAAACGCUGCCGAGGGGCGUGAAGCCUCCCCCAGCCGGCAGCGGAUCAGAGGGGGGAAAGAAGUCUCUGGACAUGCCUCACAACUGUGCGAUCGUCAUGUGGGGCGGCUGUCAAGAGAGGUACAAGCACGGCGUGCCUGUCAUGUCAAAGGGCGUUGGCACCCACCCAAUGUCCGGCACCAAGCGCAUCAGCAUAACGCUUCGAGAGCGCAAGGAGAGCCUUCCGUCGUGCUUGCUGCCUGUCCCAGACUGUCGGUGCCGGGUCCCGGCCUCGCUCAAGGCGCGCGUGAAAAGAAACGGACAAGUGGGGUAUCUCUAUCAGUGUGAUCGAGGCCAAGGGCAGUGUGGAUUCUGGCUGUCCAAGGGUCCGCUUCGCUAG